UUUUGGGGCAUCUUAUUUCAUGGAUUGAUACUACCAUGCAGUGUAACAUGAUACAAGAUAAAACCCAGUUCACCACUGUUGCAAAGUUAUAUAUAAUACAAGAAGGAGUACUGUGCUGUAAAAAUACCCCAAAUUCCAUUGUCAGUAGUUCUCAGAAACAAUAUCUUGGUACAGAAGUGUAGAAAACUACCUUGUCUUUAGGUAUGUGUAAAAGUUCUUUCUCUUUACAGAAGGAGAAUGAUGUUGGUGAUUUCUUCAUGAUCCUAGAGAAAGACCCGCAGCAAGAGGAGAAUGCUGGGAAAUCCAUACAGCUCGAGCGAAGCUGGGCUCGGACCUCUCAUGAGGGAUGUGAAAAACAAAAUAUGUCAAGAUUGUGAGUUGGUUGCUCUCCUGGAAGAUGACUCUGGUAUGGAGUUACUUGUGAACAAGAAGAUCAUAAGCCUUGAUUUACCUGUGAAAGAUGUUUACAGGAAAGAAUGGACACUGGAACAUGAAGAGGUAAAUGUUGAAGUUGGUCUUAUAACUCUUUCUAGACACACUUUUUCAGAUUGAGGAGACAUGUCAUUG